AAGCACUAAGUCAAUCAAAAGACGAUCAAUCGAAUCGGAAGUCGUUUAAGCUGCAACUGUAAUAAAACAGUGAAUAUAAAAUGUUCAACAAGCUGCACCUUGUGUCGCUGCUAGCAUGUGGACUGUUCGUGAUCGCGCAGGCUAACACGGUUAAGAAGUGUGAGAAGAAAAUGCCAGCCUCACUCAAGAGCCAGCUGUGCGAGAUUCGCAAGUACAAACUGCUCGACACUCCCGAUAUGGACAAGCAUAUGGAUUGCGUUAUGAAGGCGCUCGAUUUCGUUCGGCCCGAUGGAACGGGUGAUUACCACAAACUGAUCAAACCGCUGAACGCGAUCGAGAAGGACCGGAAGCAUGAUUUCAACCUGGAAAAGUGUGGCGGACAAACGCAGCACCUGCCGGUUGGAAAACGUGCCAAUGCUUACUACAAGUGUUUGGUGGAGUCCACAUCUGGCGAGGCGUUCAAGAAGGUGUUCGACACGGUGGAGCUGGUGAAGGCGAAAAAACUGCCAGCCUUGUCACAGUACACAUCGGUUGUGGAUAAGAUGAUGAAGAAAAUCGAUGACAAGAUUUGCAACUAAAGGAAGGACCUACGAUGGAUAUGUAAUGAAGACUUAAUAAAGCUAUUGUCAUAUUGAUGCAUUGUAA